AAGGACACAGGGCACAAGAAGUGUCACCUCUCUCUUUCUUUUCAGUCCCUAGCCUGGAUCGUAACAACUCCUUUUGGUGGUUAGCAGGUGGCUAAGGAGGCCAAGGGGGUACCAUCAUCAGGGCCAGAGAUGAGGAUUCGAUUCUGGAAUCUGGGUCUGGGAGCCGCCUGUAUACUUUCAUUGUGGCUGAUAGUCUCCAUCUUGAGCCAGAAGUCGAGCCAGAAUUCCAGCCUGAACAACCUCUAUAAAAUGACCAGAAUGCACUUGAAACCCUGCCACUGUCCCAGAAACUUUUCCAAUAAGUGUGGCUGCUCACAUAUGGCCCACAAGUGCUCGGUCUGCGUCCACAUGCCUGGUGAUUCUGAUUGGUUUGACGAACACUACGAAAGGGCCAUUGAACCCCUGCAGAAGACAGAUGAGCCCAUGUCCUAUGAUGCUCUGGUAUUGUGGCUGGGACUUGAGACAAUCAAGUCAGAGGAGAUUAAGAAUAAGCAAAAACAGCUGGCUGAAACACCGCCCAGACACUCACGGGCCCAUGUGGUGCCCAAAUGCCAGACUUGUGCAGUAGUGGGAAAUUCAAUGUCCCUACGGGGCUCCGGCUUUGGCUUCCAGAUUAACCAACAUGAUGUGAUCCUCAGGAUGAACCAGGCCCCUGUCCAAGGCUUUGAGAGAGAUGUGGGAAGCAUGACCACCAUGCGCAUUAUGUACCUCCAGACUGUCAGCACUCAGGAUCUCCACACCCAGCUGCUACUGCUGCCACUGAAUUCGUCAGGCGUGCAGUGGUUCCUUGAUGCAGUGCACAACCAGAAAAUUAUCUGGAAGCCAAGAAACCCUGGAUAUCAGAUGGUCCAGGUCCCUGAUGCAAUAAAAGACAAGGUACAGGUGAUCAGCCUCUCCUUCCUCAAGUAUAUCCAGGAAAACUGGCUGGAAGACCACAGUCACUAUCCGUCUUUGGGGUUUGUGGCACUGUUGUAUGCCUUGCACACCUGUGACCAAGUAAGAUAUCUUGUGCAACUCACAGACCUUUAUUCCUUUGCCACUAAAAAUUUGUCUUCCCAGGAACUUCAUGUUAAAUAUAAAGUUCUCUACCUGGUUUUCAAGACCCUGUAUAUGAACCUUUUCUCCCAGGCACCCACACUAGGCUUCUUGAGGUUCCCCAAACAUACCUGUUGCCUCCUACCUUCUCACAUGCUGUUCCCUCUACCUGGAAUGCCUUUCUUCUGUCUCCUGGGGGAAUCCUUUCUUCCCUUGGUGUGGAGAAACAGAUAGCUGAUGCUUUCUUUUCUGGAAUCUGGGGUCGCUUUGUGAGUAUUCAGUCUUACCUGGAAAAGGUGAGCUCCGUUUCCUCCCAGUUCCUGAAGGAAGGCUGGAACACUAGAAAUGGAAUGUUUGCUGAAAGAAUGGUAGGUGAGCA